CCUCCCAGGAGGCCUUGCGCGGGCGCACAGGGCGGGGCCUGCGGGCGGGUCCGCUCGCUGCUGGGGCACCCGGAUGGCGGGGCCGGUGAAGGACCGGGAGGCUUUCCAGAGGCUCAGCUUCUUGUACCAGGACCCCGAAAACCAGGCGCUGGCGAGGUUUUACUGCCACACGGAAAAGACCAUCGCGAAGCGGCUCGUCUUGCGACAGGACCCCUCGGUGAAAAGGACCCUGUGUCGCGGCUGCGCCUCCCUCCUCAUCCCUGGCCUCACCUGCACCCAGCGCCAGAGACGCUGCAGGGGACAACGCUGGACAAUACAGACCUGCCUAACAUGUCAGCGCAGCCAGCGGUUCCUCAAUGAUCCCAAGCAUCUGCUCUGGGGAGACCGGCCUGAGGCUCAGCUGGGGAACCAGGCAGAUUCUAGACCACCACAGCCCUUGCCAAACAGCCCAUCCCAUCCAACCCACCUUCCUAAAGAGAAAGUGCAGUCUCAGGUUUCAGUCACCAGCGAUGGAUUCAACCCAUGUUCCAGAUAAAAUAAAGUUUAAUUCUUUUUCACUUUGA